UAAAUACUCAAUGUUCAAGAGCAAAUUGGUGAACAUGAUCUAUACCUAUUUGAUUCUUAAUAUCUAAAGUGUAUCGUUAGAAUAUGGAUAAAACGAGAGAUUUGGUUCAAGAAGUAAACUCAAAAAAGGUUGAUGGCACAGCCAAUAAUACGAAAUACGAAAGCGAAGCGCUGAAGCAAAUUGUCAAUUUGAUUGACUUUUUCGGUAAAGUUUUGGGUUGGAAAUGCAGCUACGAUUGGACGAGUAAACGCAAUCUACGGCAUUGGCUUGCGACUGUACUUCUUUCAUUCACAUGGACACAGUUUGUUUACACCCAAAUCAACCAUUGUCUCAAUGGUGAAUACAAGCGAACUUUAGAAGUGUUUGCUGUGUACGGCGGGGGAAUAUCGUGCACUCUAAGAGUCAGAUGCUUCAUAAAAUUCAACAAGAAUAUGACGGCUCUACACAAUUUCAGUUUCAAAAUUACUCGACAAGCCGGUAGCUUGACCGAACAAAUUGAAAAGCAGCAACGUCGAAAUUUGAAUUUGUACAAACUCAUUUGUCUGGUAGAAGUGUCGUCGCUCUUAGUGUUCUCGUACAAUCCGCUCAAAUCCUUCAUUCUUCGCGGAGAGUAUCUGUCUCUUCUACCCAUUGAGAUUAUCUUCAUUGAUCAGACGCAGUUGUCUGGAUUCUUAAUGGCGAAUGCUUUCAUGGCAGUGAUGGGUGUGGUUCUAGUGUGGAAAUCUAUGUUUAUAGCCAUGAAUUUUGUCGCAUCAAUAUCGAAUUACGCGAUUCAAGUGGACCUUAUCGAAUUUGAUAUUAAGCAACUGGACGCGCUCUGGGAAAACACGAACACAAACAGUUUGUCGGAGCGACAUUCGUUCCUCAGGAACAUUUGUCAGAAAUGUCAGGAUAAGGAUAAUUUCCUUGCCGAAGUUAAGAACAUCUUCGACGAAACAAUUUUCUAUUACUUUGCGGCACAAUACAUCUCUCAAAUUAUUUGCCUGUACGAAAUCGAAAUGGAGAAUUGGAUUCCCGGCUAUGGGAUUGCGUAUGGUAUGUUUGUGGAAAUGUUAUUCCAUUGUUGCUUUGGAACCAAGGUCACGAUCGCAAAUGAUCGGAUGUACUACAUCCUAGUUCAAUCCAAGUGGUACACCUACGAUCUGCAUUCUCAGAAAAUAUUUUUGGACUUAUUGAACUCCAAUAUGAAUGCACAAGAAUUGUGGAUUGGACCGUUGGCACCGCUGUCAGUCACCACUGGAAUUCAGAUUGUCAAAAGCAUCUACUCUUAUUACACAUUUUUGGCCGAAGCAGUUUAGUAGUCAGUAGUAGGCAGAGUUUUCGAAUGAUUACCACAUCAAUAAUAAAAUUAAUUAAAUUAAUCUAAAAAUAUUGCAACUUACAUAUAAAGCACAAAUUGAUGUAGGAGGUGAGGAAUAGUGAUAAACACACUUUUGAUCUGAAAUUCGUUUCUAGAGCCGAGUACACCUAACAACCGCUUUAAUUCACGAAACAAACAUCAAUUUGCUUCACCAUUUUCAAAACCAAAUCAAGUGACAGUCGCAAUGAGACAAGAUUCUCG